CUUCCCCCGCCCGGGCGGCCAUGGCCAUUCCCGGCAUCCCCUAUGAGCGACGGCUUCUCAUCAUGGCGGACCCAAGAGAUAAGGCGCUUCAGGACUACCGCAAGAAGCUGCUGGAGCACAAGGAGAUCGACGGCCGCCUUAAGGAGUUAAGGGAACAAUUAAAAGAACUUACCAAGCAGUAUGAAAAGUCUGAAAAUGAUCUGAAGGCCCUACAAAGUGUUGGGCAGAUUGUGGGUGAAGUACUUAAGCAGCUAACUGAAGAAAAAUUCAUUGUCAAAGCUACAAAUGGACCAAGAUAUGUUGUGGGUUGUCGUCGACAGCUUGACAAAAGUAAGCUGAAGCCAGGAACAAGAGUUGCUUUGGAUAUGACUACACUAACCAUUAUGAGAUAUUUGCCAAGAGAGGUGGAUCCACUGGUUUACAACAUGUCUCAUGAAGACCCUGGAAAUGUUUCCUAUUCUGAGAUUGGAGGGCUGUCAGAACAGAUUCGGGAAUUAAGAGAGGUGAUAGAAUUGCCUCUUACAAAUCCAGAAUUAUUCCAGCGUGUAGGGAUAAUACCUCCAAAAGGCUGUUUGCUAUAUGGACCACCAGGUACAGGAAAAACACUCUUGGCACGAGCUGUUGCUAGCCAGCUAGACUGCAAUUUCUUAAAGGUUGUAUCUAGUUCUAUUGUAGACAAGUACAUUGGUGAAAGUGCUCGGUUGAUCAGAGAAAUGUUUAAUUAUGCUAGGGAUCAUCAGCCAUGCAUCAUUUUUAUGGAUGAAAUAGAUGCUAUCGGUGGUCGUCGGUUUUCUGAGGGCACUUCAGCUGAUAGAGAGAUUCAGAGAACUUUAAUGGAGUUACUGAAUCAAAUGGAUGGAUUUGAUACUCUUCAUAGAGUUAAAAUGAUCAUGGCUACAAACCGACCAGAUACACUGGAUCCUGCUUUGCUCCGUCCAGGAAGAUUAGAUAGAAAAAUACAUAUUGAUUUACCAAAUGAACAAGCAAGAUUAGAUAUAUUGAAAAUCCAUGCAGGUCCCAUUACAAAGCAUGGUGAAAUAGAUUAUGAAGCAAUUGUGAAGCUUUCAGAUGGCUUUAAUGGAGCAGACCUAAGAAAUGUUUGUACUGAAGCAGGUAUGUUUGCAAUUCGUGCUGAUCAUGAUUUUGUAGUACAGGAAGACUUCAUGAAAGCAGUCAGAAAAGUGGCUGAUUCUAAGAAGCUAGAGUCAAAAUUAGACUACAAACCUGUGUAAUAUACUGUAAGGAUUUUGAUGGAUGUGCAUAAACAGACAUUGGCUUAAUGUAAAAAUGAAGUUAAGGAAAAUAAUGUACGUAUUGGCAAUGAUCUCAUUAAAAGUGUAUGAAUAAAGAGAUGAAUAACAAAACUUAGUAAUUCAGUAAUUUUACAUUGAAGAUUGGUACAGAAGAAAUAUGUAUAUUUGUUAAUGCUGCAUUUAUUGCAGCAGAAGUUAUAAAAGAGUAUGUUGUGGCUUUUCGUAUUUGCUGUGUGGGCAUUUUGUAAAACACUGAAAAUGAUUUGAGAUAGUAGUACAAAGAGCAUUUCUUAUGACAUAUGUCAUUUGUUUUCCUCAUCCUAAAAAGUUGAAUAAAAUCUGUUUGACUCAGCUCUA